ACCAAACCGGCCCUAAAUAUACUGUUAAUUUCCACCCCUAUUUGGCAGCAUAACAUGCGAAAGGAAAAAACUUGAUUAGUUUUAUCCAUCUGACAUUUCAUUGCCCAAAAAAGGACCUUCUUUCUCGCGCGUAGAUCACAUCUCCAUCAAAAUCCAAACCAAGCCAUGGCGACGUGAUCUAGGCAAGUGGAGGCAAAUCGAAAAUAGAGAACUUUCCAUAAAAAAAGAGAGAUGGAGGAGAAGAAAGCGUGCAGAAAUGGCGAGAUUUGGUCCUUCGAGACGACGGCGAACGCGUCGCCGUCAACCUCUAACGGCGUCAUAUUGGGACUUGACGGAGGAACGACGUCCACCGUCUGCGUUUGCAUUCCUGUUUCAAUGGAAUCGACGUCCUCCGUUAAAGUCCCCAUUCUCUCUAGCGCCGUCGCUGGAUGCACCAAUCGCAAUUCCGUCGGUGAAACUGCAGUAAGGGAGGCCUUGGAGAAAGUUAUGGCUCAAGCCCUUUCAGAAGCAGGUGCUAACCGGUCUGUUGUUAAAGCAGUUUGCUUAUCUUUGUCCGGUGUUAAUCAGCCUUCAGAUCAACAGAGGGUACAGGGAUGGUUCAGAGACAUUUUUCCAAGCCAUGUUAAGUUGUUUGUGGAAAAUGAUGCGGUCGCAGCAUUGGCUAGUGGGACAAUGGGCAAACUCCAUGGCUGUGUAUUGAUUGUUGGGACUGGUUCCAUUGCUUAUGGGUUCACUGAAGAUGGAAGGGAAGCUAGAGCUGCUGGUGCUGGACCUGUUUUAGGGGAUUGGGGCAGUGGAUAUGGGAUUGCUGCACAGGCAUUGACAGCAGUAAUCAGGGCUCAUGAUGGACGUGGGCCACAAACAAGUCUGACGAAGAACAUUCUCAAUAUGCUUGGGCUUUCUUCGCCAGAUGAACUAAUCGGGUGGACUUACGCAGACUCCUCCUGGGCUCGUAUAGCUGCGCUUGUCCCUGUUGUUGUCACUUCUGCUAAAGGCGGCGACGAAGUUGCCAACAAGAUACUGCAUAAUUCUGUCCAGGAGUUAGCUGAUAGUGUUAAAGCUGUUGUCCAGAGACUUGAAUUGUGUGGUAAAGAUGGAAAGAAUUCGUUCCCGCUUGUUAUGGUCGGAGGCGUUCUUAGUGAGAGCUGGGACAUAGGAAAGAAAGUCAUAAACCUUGUUUCCAAGGUCUAUCCAGGUGUUCAUCCUAUUCGACCUCAGGUGGAACCUGCUGUUGGUGCAGCAUUGGUAGCUUGGAGCCGAUACGUAAAAGAAUCUAAAAGGUAAAAGUGGCAGCUAGCAUUAGACCCUGAUGAGGGAAAAGAUAUCUUACUUUGUACAAUAACAGACUCAAAAUUGGGUAUAGUGGAAAGUGACUGAGCUAUUAUCAGAUUGAUGCACUGGUAGUGGAAUUUAGGCUGUAAUCGGGGUCGUGGUUCAUGAGUUCGAGAUUUGGACCAGCUUCUAGAAACAGAUGAUCUUACAAGAUGUAAAAGAAAAAAGUAAAUAGGUCUUGUUCAUUUUGUUGUUAACUUUUCCGUGGUAUGUGGCCGAAAGAAGAUGUCAUUUGUGCAGAUUUUUGUGUUGUCGAUAUUAGUGUAUCUAUUGAGCUGUACGCUAAUGCCAGAUCUUGGCGCAACAUUCAAGUACAAUUCAAUGUUAUUUGUUCUGUCAGAGUUCUAA